UCCUCUGAACUGGAUCUGUAUCAGCUGCGUAAGGACAGGGAAAGGUUGAGGGACAGAGAAAAAUGUCAAAGACAGAAAAACCAAAGGACCAUACUUUACCAAAUGAUGAAGGUUUAACCAGUGGAGAAAAUAAUGUUUCCAUGAACGUUUCAGAUGAGAUGACAGAGAAAUUCGACCUUGCCACAGUAUAUGUGUCAGAUGCCCAGUAUAACAGGAACAUCUUUUUUGAUACUUCGCCACAGGCUGUGAGGCUGUACCUGUUGUAUAAUCACUGGUUCAUGCAGAUGUUGGUGUAUGUGUUUAUCAUCAUAAAUCUUGCUUUGGCUCUCUUUGAGGAUCCUGCUGUUGUACCACUUCCUAUAUGGGCCACUUCUACAAUUGAGAUAAUAUGUCUCUCUGCAUUCACUGUGCGGAUGGUACACUAUGCCAAAGUCAUUCCAAGGGAUAACUUCUGGAAGGAUCCUAAAAAUAUCUGCAUCAUAGUCAUUGUAACGCUCUCUUUCAUAGAUUUGACUAUAUACGGGGCUCUGAAAGCAGCAGGCUACAUUGCCAUCAAAUGGUCGAGGGUCUUAAGACCUCUUCUGUUAGUCAAUGUUACAGAGGGAAGACAACUGCGAAAGGCGUUCAGGAGUAUUCGCAAUGCACUGCCUCAGAUCUCCUAUGUUUUUCUCUUAUUCAUGUUCAGCGUGUUGGUCUUUUCUCUCAUGGCUCUUAAAUUAUUUGGAAAAAGGGGCCUUCUUACCAUUGAUGGUUCUCCAUAUUUCACUGACUAUUUGGAUAUUGUUUUCAAUCUUUAUGUUUUAGUGACUACUGCUAAUAGUCCUGAUGUCAUGAUGCCGGCCUACAACUACAGUGUUUUCUUCUCCAUUUUCUUCAUCCUAUACAUUGCUAUCAACACAUAUUCCUUCAUGACCUUCUUUCUUGUCAUCGUUUACAAAAACUACAAAAAGUACCUUAAGGAGGAAGUGCGGCAGCUUGUGAAGGCCAGAAGAUUUAAGAUGUGCCAGGCAUUUUCUUUGCUUCAGGAGACCCGGGGUGAAGGUGGAGAACCUGUGGUGACCCGGGCCAAAUGGAACCGUCUGGUUAAACUCGUCAAGCCGAAUAUCAGUAUUGCUUACCGGGAAUUGCUCUGGAGCGUCUUAGAUGAUCAGAAUAAAGGACACAUAGAGAAGUUUGCAUUUGUCCAGCUUGCUGACCUUCUGAGUAUUCAGGUGAUCACAGUGAAGUCACAGCCACAUCCCAUUCAAAUAUGUUUCCCCUACAUGUAUAAUUCCUCAGUCAGCAGAUUCAUUCGCUAUAUGGUUUGUACAAGAAUGUUUGUGUAUGUCUAUGACCUGAUUAUCCUGGUGAAUGCUGUAUUUAUUGGUCUGGAUGAGGAAAACCCUGUGGUCUCAAAUGCUGAAUGGGGUUUUCUGGCUCUUUAUAUGUUGGAGAUCAUUCUAAAACUGUACACUACAGAGCCUCGGGUGUUCUUCGCUCUACAUAAUUUCUGGAACUGGUUUGAUACCAUCAUUAUUGUGUCUGCACUCUUUUGCACAAUUAUUAACUCAGCACUCAUACACUCUGGAGGUUACAGAAGUCGCCAGAUCUUGGACAUUGUUUUCAUCUUGAGAGUCUGCAGACUCAUACGCUUGGUGUAUUCCAUCAAGAGAUUCCAAGCCAUCAUCAACACACUUAUUAAAAUUGGACCAACUAUUCUUACAUUUGGCCAACUCAUAGUGGUGGUGUAUUACAUAUUUGGCAUAAUUGGAAUGGAAUUAUUUAAAGGUAAAGUUCAGUUCUUCGAACCUAACUCUACAAGUCCUGAUCGCGAGUACUGUGGAAACCCUCUCCUCAAAGGAACCAAUUUUGCUAAACACAACUACUGCAAGAACAACUUCAACAAUGUGGUCUCUUCCUUCAUUGUCUUGGUGGAACUCACUGUGGUUAAUCAGUGGCAUGUGUUGACCAGCGGUUUCACGGCAGUCACACACGUUUCAGCCAGAAUUUUCUUUGUCCUUUUCCACAUUGUAGUCGUCAUUAUUAUAAUCAAUAUUUUUGUAGCAUUUAUCUUGGAGGCAUUCUUAGUCGAAUACACAUUUGACAAAAGUGACCUGCAAACUUCUCUGGAGAAAAAAAUAGAGGAGCUGGAGCUUAAUGUUCAACAGGAUGGUAUGGACACUGGUCUUGUAGAUGGAGUGGAAAGCAAUGACAAUGAACUGGGCCCUUCUCAAUCUGGCAAACAGAAGCCCUUGCUCAGGUUCAAGAUUGCUUCAAGAAAAUCCAGAACUGUGGAUGGAAUUUUACAGCGGAUGUUUGAAACAGAUCUUCGUCAUGAAGACUCCAACAAGGAGGAGGAGCCAGAAAAUAUCAACUUCUCAAACCCUGUCUUUGACUCAGUAUAAACAACAUUAAAAAAAAAAUUACUGUACUGGACUCUCUCUUAAAAUAAUAUAUUAAAACAAUUGAAUUACUACAAAAAUAAUGCAAAAGAUGUGCCACUGUGCAUCUUUUCUUUCCUUUUGAAAAUUUUUGCACAAAAAACGCAAAGUCAAAAAAGGUUUAUUUAAAACACUACCCCAAUAUUUACUUCUAGUGCUUCCUGUACAUAAUAGGGCCUUUCACACUGCUUUAGUACAGUACAUUUAAUACUGGAACUAAAGUACUGGGAUGAAUUUGCGUGAACUAUUUCCUAGUACCGUUUAAAGGGUUGCAUUCACACAUAAGCUGGUCGACGCACUGUACCUGCACAGAUAUCGUAUACACACAUAAGGUCAAAGGUUUACAUACAUCUAGCAGAAUCUACAAAAUAUUACAAAUUUGAACAAAACAGGGAUCACACAAAAUGCAUCUUGUUUUUUAGUACUGGCCUGAAUCAGAUAUUUCACAUAAAAGAUAUUGUUCACAAGAUAAAAUAAUAAUACUGUGUUGUUAACUGAAUUAUUAUUUUUUUAUUUUUGGAUAAUGCCUGCCGUUUUUCUGAAGAAUCCCUUAGGUCCCGUAAAUUCAGCAUUUCUGUGUAUUUGAACUCUUUUCAAUAAUGACAAACUGAGGACAACUAAGGGGCUCAUAUUCAAAUAUCAUAGAAGGUUCAAGCAUUAAACUGAUGCUCCAGAAGGAAACAACAGCCCAUCAAGGGUGUGAAAACCUUUUGAAUUUGAAGAUGAAUGAGUAGAAAAAAAAGAAAAAAAAGUGACCUGACAUUCAGCCAAGUAUGGUGACCCAUACUCAGAAUUUGUGCUCUGCAUUUAACCCAUCCGAAGGGCGCACACACACACUGUGAACACACAACCGGAGCAGUGGGCAGCCAUUUAUGUUGCGGCGCCCGGGGAGCAGUUGGGGUUAGAUGCCUUGCUCAUGGGCACCUAAGUCGUGGUAUUGAAGGUGGAGAGAGAACUGUACAUGCACCCCCCCCACCCACAAUUCCUGCCGACCCGGGACUCGAACUCACAACCUUUCGAUUGGGAGUCCGACUCAUGUAUCUUUUGUAGCUUCUGAAGGGCAGUACUAAAUGAAAAAAAUAUAUUUGGUCACAAUAAGAUAAAUGUACACAUCUUCAUUCUGUUCAAAUGUUUUCACCCCCUUAAUGCUUUGACUUUACAUCUGGAGCAACGGUGAGUGUUUUUCACUUCCAGUUCAUUUUGAUUUAUAUAAUUAUAAGAUAUAUGUCAUAAACAAAAUAAGUGAUCAGAAUGUUGACUGAAUUAUGCACGCACUGUUUAAACUUUUUCACAUCAUAAAUGUUAUCCAUGCAUGUUAAGCAUUUUUUAUUUUCCUGUAUAGAGUAAUUUUGUUCUGCUUCGUGAGUAACGAAGAUAAUGUUCAUUCUGACUACUGCCCAUAGGUGUGAAGUACAAUAACUGAUAUAACAGAAAAGAAAUAAGGGGAAAGGUGCCACCUGUUUUAUAUAAUAAUAAUAAUAAUAAUGAUAAUAAUAAUAAUAAAACACAACUAAUUGCAUAUUACACAGAUGUUAUGAAUGCAUUUGUUUAAUUUAGGAUUAAAAAACAAGGGAUGCUAUGUUUAAGCCUUAUAAGAGUCUGUUUAACAUGCUCUGUUUUGGAA